AGCACGCACGCUGCACUUCACGGGCUUUUUGGAGUCUGGAGAGCAGGCGCGCGACACGCACAUAUACAUAUACACACACACACACGCGCGCGCGCUCACACACAGCCGGGCUCGCUCUGCCUUCAGCUCAGGAUAUUACCGCACUGAGGAGCGAGGAGUUCUGACCAGCCGGACUGAAGAGCUCAGGACUGAAGAUUUCAGAACUGAAAAGUUCAGGACUUUGGCUGUUCUGUGUUUGAUGGCGGAGAGCUGAUCUGAGAGCGGAGCUCGGAGACACACAGCAGCCUGAACUUCUCUCCGGGAGGCGGCGGACUGAUCUGCAGCCUGAGCGGCGAGCUGCGGUGCGCGGGACCGAAGAGCCGAGCGAGGCAGGAUGAGGCUGGUGAUUGGCUGGAGUGGGGUUGGGGGGCUGCUGGUGUUGGCGCUGGCUGUGGUGGGGCAGAAGUUGCCCACUCGUGAUGAAGGCCUGUUUCAGAUGCAGAUCCGGGAUAAAGCUCUGUUCCACGACUCGUCUGUUAUUCCUGACGGAGCAGAGAUCAGUGGAUACCUGUUCAGAGACACUCCCAAGAGGUACUACUUUGUGGUGGAGGAGGACAACACACCCCUGUCUGUGACGGUGACCCCAUGUGACGCUCCUCUAGAGUGGAGGCUGACGCUGCAAGAGCUUCCAGAAGAUGCCAGCGGAGAGGGAUCAGGAGAACCAGAGCCUUUGGAGCAGCAGAAGCAACAAGUGACGGCCAGCGAAGGUACCGAGCUCUUCACCUAUAAAGGCAACGAUGUGGAAUCCUUUGUGUCCACCAGCUCGCCAUCCGGCCUUUACCAGAUGGAGAUCCUCUCCACUGAGAAGGACAGCAACUUUAAAAUCUAUGCAAGUACCACUCCGGAAUCUGACCAACCCUACCCAGAGCUGCCCUACGAUCCCCGUGUGGAUGUGACCGCCUUGGGUCGCACCACUGUCACCCUGGCCUGGAAGCCCACACCUACAGGAUCGUUGAUGGGCCAGCCUGUGCAGUACUGUGUGGUCAUCAACAAGGAGCACAACUUCAAGAGCCUGUGCGCAGCAGAGGCCAAGAUGGGAAUGGACGACAUCUUCAUGGCUGCACCCAAGCCUGGCCGGGACUUCAGCCCAUUUGACUUCGCCCACUUCGGCUUCGUCCCGUCCGAGAAUGACUUCAUCAAAGAUCGCUCUCUGGCCACCAACCGUGCAAUGGGUAGCAAGAUGUCUCGUCCCUACAUCCCAAAGCCCAGGGUCUCGGACAUCCGUAAGAUUUGCAUUGGCAACAAGAACAUCUUUACCAUCUCAGACCUGAAGCCGGACACGCAGUACUACUUUGACGUGUUCGCUGUCAACACAGCCACCAACACCAGCACAGCCUACGUGGGCACCUUCGCUCGCACCAAGCAGGAGGCAGAGCAGAAAACGGUGGAGCUGAAGGAUGGCAAAGUGGUGGACGUUUUCAUUAAGAGGAAGGGAAGCAAGUUCCUUCGCUUCGCGCCGGUCUCUUCACACCAGCGGGUGACCCUCUACGUCCACGCUUGUCUGGAUGCUGUGCAGCUUCAGGUGCGUCGUGAUGGCAAGCUCCUCCUCUCACAGAAUGUGGAGGGUGUCAGGCAGUUCCAGCUUCGUGGAAAAGCCAAAGCCAAGUACCUGAUCCGUCUCCGAGGAUCCCGCAAAGGUGCCUCUACGUUAAAGGUCCUGGCCAGCACACGCCAGGGUGCCAAACAGCCCUUCCCUUCUUUGCCUGAGGACACACGCAUCAAGGCCUUUGACAAGCUUCGCACCUGCACCUCUGUGACGGUGGCAUGGCUCGGCACGCAGGAGAGGAACAAGUACUGCGUAUACAGACGCCAGGUGGACGAGAGUUAUGGGGAAGAGCAGCGGCGCCGGGAACAGAAUCAGUGUGCCGGGCCUCAGAGCCGCCGCAAGUCUGAGAAGGUCCUCUGCAAGUACUUCCACAGCGCCAACCCGCAAAAGGCUGUCACCACAGAGACUGUCGGAGGGCUGGAGCCCGGCAAGAGCUACCUACUGGAUGUUUAUGCCGUCGGCCACAGCGGCCAUUCGGUCAAGUACCAGAGUAAACUGGUGAAAACAAGGAAGUACUGCUAAAAGAAAAUAAAUAUUACGGAAAAAAAUGCAAAAACACAAAAAACAGACUCUGCACAGAAGUAAAUAUAUUAUAUAUAUAAUGAGAAAAAAGAAGUUUAUUUAACUGGAAGUGAUAUUCUACUAAGUUUUUUUUGCAGACUGACUACUUGGUGCACACCGUCAGCUCUGUGUGGCAGAGACUGAACUGCUUCUUCUUUAGAGAGAGAUAGCAUCCUGUAUAUUUCUCAUAACGAGUCCUGUUAACGAGCCGAGACUGAUGUUUCCUGCUGGAGAGACACCGGGACCUGCUGUCGGGUUUCUUUCGGUUUCGGCUGCAUCGUGAGAACUGCGUUAAUGCAUACAUUCGUCUUCAUCCCUCUAUUGCUGACCCCUGUACAGAGAUAGCUACUGCCUCCUCGUCUGCUCUCUCUGACUCCUAAACGUACUCACGAACUGUUUAGGAAAGAUUCUUAAAUUAUUUUAUACCUCUUAAUGUUUUCGUUUCACUAUUUGAAAUGUUAUGUUGUUCUUUUGUUCGUUAUUGGCUAUGAUUAUUUCUGAUAUGAGGAAAAAAAAAUGUUGUAAACUUAUCUGACAAAUUUUGGGCAGUUGUUGAGGUGUCCCUUGACCACCCUACCCCUGAACCCCACUCUCCUUUUUGUCUGUGUAUUAUUAUCUCAUUCUGUGAGUGAAUCGGGAUUCUGGGAGUCUGGGAUUCUGUAAAUGUGCUCUUUCUCUGUGUCUGCUCUGCCUGUCACAUGUACAGAGUGCUUCUGCCAAUAUUCAUGUACAUAAAACCCUAAAUAUAGAGGCCAGUAAUCCCCUG